AUGAACUCUACACGUCAACGUACGUCGUCGCCAAUUCAACCGGGGGAGAUCAUUACGUAUAAAAAUGUUGAUCUUUUACGUCGUUUUAUUACUGACCAAGGUAAAAUCCUUCCCCGCCGAUUAACUGGUGUUACAGCUAAAGAACAGCGUCAACUUGCAAAAUCAAUUAAACAAGCACGUAUUCUUGGCUUUUUACAGUUCCUUUAUAAAGAAUAA